AUGACCUCACUGGAGUGGGUCGAAGCGGGAGCGGGGCACCGGGCCCCUGCGCAGGCACUCCAGGAUCCCCCAUUCAAUGCUCUCGUGCUAGGAUUUGAAGGCCAAGAUUUUUCUGCACUCGAGCAUGGGCAAGAGUUUAGCACCUGGCCUCCAAAGCACAUUUUCCUAGACUUAGCCAAGAAAAGGCUGAGUAGGCAAUUUCUCGAAUCCAUUGGACCGUCCUUGAUAGCUGCAAUCAAUCUCUUCGACGCAUGCACAGACGUGGGGUUCACAGACUACUUGUUCCUGGAAGGACUCAAACGGUUCCUGAAGAGCAUUGACCUGCUGAAGCAAGAGGACGACAGAAUCCUGUCUGACAAGCUCAAAUGGAGGCUGGAGGCAAUGCAGCAAGCUUCCCUGGUCAAGCUCAUGGAGGAGAAGUAUGCCAGACUGGAACAAGCUGACGAGAGAAGGAGACAAGCCAACAGAAGAGCCAAGCGGGAGAUUGCAGAAGCAAGAGGAGAAACCAUCCUGGGAGUUGUAGAACUCCCUGACUUUGUCAGACUGCCACCAGGAGCAGUGAUCCUGUCACCAUACGAGAAGAGCUUAAUCAAGUCCCUGCAAGACGCGCCCCCUGAGCUGCCUCUGAACUACCCUGCUCUAACCGAGGAAUCUCGAAUUUUUGUGAAGGUGGUAGGAAGGUCGGGAGACAACCUGAACCUGAAAGCGGUCGAGUCAGGAGCGGAGUACAAGGAUGUUCCGCCGUCGCAGCUGUCUAUCGGAAUCGGAACAAGGAGAGAGGGAGAUCCGCUCCUCGUAAUGCUGAAGGAGAACGGAAUGGAGUCGGAUCAAUACGUGCAGAGACAGUCUCUCGGAACGGAAGGGCGGAGAGCGGAAUUCGGAACGCCGAUGGAAGGAGGGGCGGAUUUGGAUUCAGGCAGCACGGACCCGGAUUCUUCCAAGCCAGACAACAACACCCACCCAGAAGAAGUGCCAGCUUUUCAGCCGUUCUUUCCUCCAGCCGCGGGACGUGGUAACCUGGGACCUCCCCCUGGAUUCAGGCCGCGGGAGCAACCUCCGUCUAGAAACCAAUCAGCCCAGCGGAGUUUUCACACCCCACCUGAGCAGUACUCGGCAGCCUCCCCCGGAGUCAACAGGAACCUCCUGACGGAAACCGGAAGGCAUUCUGCAACGGCGUCGUCGCGGCCGGCAGCCGCCGCUCAACCCAAAGAGAAGAAGGAAGAUAAGUCGGGCGACCCUGGCGAAGAACUCAGGGCGCGGCUGAAGAAUAUAGAAAAGCAGCUGAACGCAAACAAGGCGAAGACGGCAAUAGAGUCGGAAAUGAAAAAGCUGGCGUCAGCAAUCAACCCGGUUACGGACAGGGGGCUUCUCCUGCAACACGAGAUGUAUGCGGCCAUUUACGCAGCGGAGAAGAAUCAAAAGGGGGGGCUCGCGCUGGCAGGAGACUUCGGAGUCUUUCUCCGCAAUCGCUGCAGAAGGCUGUCUUACAUGGCGGAGGAUGUCUGCACGUACGCGCAGCAAAAGGUGGCGGAGCUCGGAGAAGAUGCGACGGACGCCGAAAUAGCGGAGGUGGACAAGAAGAUUCUCCGCUUCUAUCAAGACAAAAGGGUCAAAGCGGAAGAGGUGCUCGGCAAGCACCCUGAAUGGCUGCGAGAUAACAGAGAGGGGGAGGAGCCGGCCGGGGCAGAGGUGAUGGAGACCGAAGAUCCGGUGGUGGGAACCAAGGAAGACCUGGAUCUCCGGGGAGGAACAAUUCGCCAGGGCGCAAGCGCGGCAGGGAAAGCCGAAGAGCCAGCUUCGAAAACGCCGGAUGACGGGAAGGAUGACGUGGCACUGGGGGAUCCCCUUCCGCCUAGCCGAAGCGGCGCCGCCGGGCUUAACCCUUCGACGGAAGAACUAGGGCGGAGUGGGAAGGAGUUAAUCCAUUCCCCGCCAGAUCUCCCGGUCAUGAGUCCUGUUCCGGAAAGCCAGCGGUCGAAAGGAGAAGAGCAAGUCGGAAACGAUCAGGAAGAAAGCGUGCUCGCGGACGGAGAAUCAGAGUUCCAGGACCAGGUCGGAGAGAACGCCGGAGACGAGCUGGAAGAUUCAGUUGAUGAAGCAACAGACCCCUUCAGAAUGGAAGCCCCUCCUAAAUCUGAGCAGGAGAUUGCAGAGGAGCUCAGUAAGAUCCUUCCAAGGAGGUCCGAAGCUCCAUCGCCAGAAAUCCAAGCCUGCUGGGUAUUCACGGCUGUGAUGAAAGAGCCGAUUCUCGAAUUAAGGCGUCUCGGUGUGCCACUCUCUGGCUACAUCGACGACCUCUUCUCGGCGGCAGAGACUUUUGGCAAGGCGCUCCGUCAGAUCUUGUUCACUGUGCUCCUGUUCGCGGCUCUGGGCGCUUUCUUUGGUCUCCCGAAGUGCCAGCUGAGACCGCUUCAGGAGCUGAAGUGGCUGGGUUUCCUCGUGAACUCGAUCUCGGAAAGUUUCUCGCUCUCAGAAACCCGAAUGGAGAAGAUCAAAAAGGCGCUUCUGGAAAUAGUGAGCCUUCAGCUGACGUCAGCGAGAGCAAUAGCCAAGUUGGCCGGAACGUUAGCUUCCGCAGCGCCCGCGGUUCUCCCCGUCGCAAUUUACAGCAGAUCCCUCUUCGAAGCCCUGAGCAAGAAAAGCAGUUGGGAUGCACUUUUCCCGACGCCGGAGACGGUAAUUCGGACGGCAGACUUCUGGCUGCAUAACCUCGAGAAGUUUAACGGCAGAAGGUGGUGGGCGAGGCCAACCUCGGUUGAGAUUACGAUGGACGCGUCGGGAGUCGGGUUUGGCGGUUUUGUGCGAACGGAGACGGGGAGAAUCCUCCAGGUAGCGGGAACAUUCUCCCAAGAGCAAGCGCUGCAGUCUAGCUCGGAAAGGGAGGUAGAAGGCUAUGUAGCAGCACUGCAAGUAGCAACGGAGCAAGCACCGGACGAGAUAAGAAACCGCUCAGUGCUGGUGAUCGGAGAUAGUCAGGCCGGGGUUAACGCCCUAACCAAAUUCCGUAGCUCAGUCCCGUUCAUCAAUUCGGCGCUCCGCAAGGUGGUUGAGAUGUCCGGGCAAUACGACUUCGAUGUCGUAGCGCGUUGGGUGCCGCGGAAGGAUAUCACAAAAGCAGAUGCUUUGUCCAGAGAGCCUGAUCCGUCAGAUUGGGGACUAUCCCCAGAUCUGUUCCGGCAAGUGACCCAAUUCUUCUCAGCCCAACCGGCGAUCGACCUCUUUGCUUCCAGAAGCCUCCACGUGGCGCCCGCCUACGUCAGCAAGUACUUUGCUCCAGGGUGCUCAGGGGUACUUGCUCAGGCCUUGGACUGGUCUAAACUAGUUCCACCAGGAGAAAGUGCAUGGGUUUUUCCUCCGGUGGGAUUAGCAGGGCUGGCCUUGAACCUGCUACGUAGAUACCAGACGGAAGCACUGGUCUGUAUCUGUGCACCAGAAGGAUCUUUGCUGGAUACCCAAAUCAGGUGCAUCGCUCCUAAAGCAUUGGAAAAGGUAUUCCUAGUCCCUAGGAGGGUCGACAGCUGCGUGCCUAGCCUCAGAGUUCCGGAAGGCACUAGGAAUCCGGCUUUCCUAGGAUUAAAAGUGUUCCAUAUAAUCUGGCAAUGA